UUGUAGCAUAUUUCUGUGCAUCUAUGCCACUAUUUUUCUGCUCUCAUUCUUUUGUUCAGAUGCUAUGAUAACUAGAGGAAAUGAAACGGAUGAACAAGCCCUGCUCCAUUUCAAGGCCAAAAUAACUGAUGAUCCUGCUGAGAUUUUUAAUUUCUGGAAUUCUAGUACUCACUUCUGUCAAUGGUAUGGUGUCACCUGUGGCCGACGACACCGGCGCGUCGUUAGCUUGAACUUAAGUUCCUUGCAACUCGGAGGUUUGAUUUCGCCCCAUGUCGGAAACUUGAGCUUUCUAAGAGUUCUACAUGUUCAACAGAAUAGCUUUGGUCAAGAAAUUCCGUCGGAAAUCCGCCGUUUGAGAAGACUAGAAGAUUUAAGACUCAACAAUAAUAAUCUUUCAGGAAUAAUACCUUCCAAUUUGUCUGCUUUGUCUAAUCUGAAGUACCUUGUAAUGGGCCAUAAUCAACUUGUUGGAGAAAUUCCUGAAACGCUCGGUUUCUUGUCGAAGCUCGAAUUUCUCGCUAUUAAUCAUAAUAUAUUGACAGGAACUAUACCUUCAUCUAUAGGGAACUUGUCAUCUCUGCAGACACUUUAUUUAGGUGAUAACUUGUUGAGCGGAAGCAUCCCGGAUUCUCUCGGAAGGUUAACGAAUCUUACGGAUUUUCUGAUGAGUACUAAUAAGCUGUCAGGAUCCAUCCCUCUUUCGCUUCUUAAUGUUUCUUCGAUGGGAAGAUUUGAUGUAGCAGACAAUAGAAUACAGGGGAGUCUUCCAUCUAACUUGGGAUUCACUCUUCCCAAUAUUCGAGCUUUUUCGAUUGCGUUAAACGACGGAAUCAGUGGAUCACUUCCGAUAUCAAUAUCCAAUGCUUCCAAGCUCGAGUUGCUUCAAGUGGCGGCAAAUAAUCUUACUGGUGAAGUCCCAUCUUUGGAAAACCUGCAUAGAAUUCAGGUAUUCAGAAUUGGCUUAAAUUUUCUUGGUAAAGGAGAGCUUAAUGAUUUGAACUUCAUAUGCACAUUAACAAAUGCAUCUGAUCUACUAUUCUUGGAUAUAAAUGUCAAUAACUUCGGAGGGAUUUUACCUGAAUGCAUCGGAAAUCUCUCGACGAAUCUUGAAGAGAUGAGUGUCGAUCACAAUAAAAUAAUUGGAAACAUCCCAUCCGGGUUAGAAAACCUUGUUAAUCUAGUAAGCCUUGACAUGUGGAACAACCAAUUCACAGGCAAUAUCCCACCAGGCAUCGGAAAACUCCGAAAGCUAAUCCGAUUGCAGUUGCAGCUUAAUAAGCUAUCAGGAACCAUCCCUGAGUCUAUAGGUAACUUGACAUUGUUAUCCGAGCUAUAUUUACAAGGGAAUAAUCUGCAAGGUAGAAUUCCAGAAAGUUUGGGAAACUGCAAAAACCUGAUACUGCUUACUCUCAACCAUAACAAUUUAAGUGGUAACAUACCUACACAAAUUCUGAGCCUCUCAUCCUUGUCAGUAUACUUAGAUUUGCAACGAAAUCAACUAACGGGAAAUCUUCCGAGCGAAGUUGGAAUUCUGAGAAACCUUGGUUUAUUGUCUAUUGCUAAUAAUAUGUUGUCUGGGGAAAUUCCAAGCAGUCUUGGAAAUUGUAUAAAAUUGGAAACUUUAGACUUAAGUGGCAAUUCUUUUGAAGGGAACAUUCCUUCAAGUUUAAGUUCAUUAAGAGGUCUUCAAUCGUUAGAUUUUUCGCGUAACAAUUUAUCCGGAAAAAUUCCUGAGUUCUUGGCUAGUUUCGACCUGCUGCUCAGCUUGAAUCUAUCUUUCAAUGAUUUUGAAGGCAGAGUACCAACUACAGGAGUGUUCGAAAAUGCAAGCGCUACCGCGAUCAUGGGAAAUCAAAAACUCUGUGGAGGAAUUCCAGAAUUUCGGUUAUCUUUAUGCAACUUAAGAGUAGAAGAAAGCAAGAAAUUGAGUACCAUAUUAAAGAUUAUUAUUGCUUCUGCAUCAGGUAUUUUUGGACUUUCUUUCACAUUCAUCUUAUGGUACUGCUUCUACAGGAAGAAAAAACAGAAACUUGUUCUGCCAUCAUCACCAUCAAUUGGAAACUCACAUUUUAGAGUGACUUACAAAGACCUCCAUGAUGCAACCAACGGGUUCUCGUCGGAAAAUCUAGUCGGUACAGGCAGUUUCGGUUCUGUAUAUAAAGGAAUUCUUGAAAAAGAAGGGCUAGUUAUUGCCGUUAAAGUUCUUAACCUGCAGCUUCAGAAAGCAAGUAAAAGCUUUUUCGCAGAAUGCGAGGCCUUGAAAAGUAUCAGACAUCGAAAUCUCGUCAAGAUUCUUACAUCUUGUUCGAGUAUAGAUUAUCAAGGCAAUAAUUUCAUGGCUCUAGUUUACGAAUUCAUGGUUAAUGGAAGCCUAGAGGAGCGGUUGCAUCCGAAUGAACAACACGCCGAAGCCUCAACGAGUUUAAAUCUCCUUCAGAGACUAAAUAUUUCCAUUGACAUUGCUUCAGCACUCCAAUAUCUCCAUCACCAUUGUGAAAGUUCAAUUGUUCAUUGUGACUUAAAGCCGAGCAAUAUUCUUCUAGACAUCGAACUUAACGGACAUAUCAGUGAUUUCGGUCUGGCAAAGAUCUUAUCAGGGACAUUGUCUGAUCAUACAAUUCAGUCAAGUUCUCUUGGAUUACGAGGAACCAUCGGUUAUGCCCCUCCAGAGUAUGGCCUAGGAAGCGAGGCGUCGACAAGUGGAGAUGUAUAUAGCUAUGGAAUUCUUCUGUUGGAGAUUUUUACAGGAAAGAGACCAACUAACGGCAUGUUCAAAGAAGAUUGGAACAUUCAUGAACUCGGACGGUCGGCUUUACCCAAUGGAGUUAUGGAGAUUUUAGAUCCAAUUUUGCUUCAAGAAAAAUUUGAAGGAAGUAUUAUAGUUGAUUGUUUUGCUUCUAUUAUUGAAAUUGGGGUUGCUUGUUCUGCAAGGUUGCCAACUGAUCGUAUGAUCAUAACUGAUGUUGUCUCAGAGCUAUGUGCUAUCAGGAAAAAAAUAAUUGAAGCUGAUUUGUAUUGAGAAAUAUAUAAGAAACACCAU